CAACGCGUCACGUGUUUUUUAUUUAUGUAAUGUAAUGGUGUCAGAAGCGAACCCUGUACAAUCUGACUGCUACACAAUAGAAAAAUGUUGCUCUCGCUAGCGUAAAAUCAGAAAACAGAUCCAUCGGUCGCUUUUUUUAUUUUGUCUUUGCACUGCGUUGAUGGAGUUCGGAGGAGUCGCUUUGAUCGGAUUGAAGCAAUUCAUCAAGCACAACAAGGAAAAACGUUACUCUUACAGCAAAGACUGAGAUAUGAUUGACAAUGGAUAAUCAUACAUAUUAAAUGUAUUGCCAUAUAAAAAAGUCAGUUGGAGAGGGAAUCCUAAAGCAUGCUCUUGGCACAAUUUCGCAGAAACUGUCAUCGGCCUUUGGAAGCUUAUGAAAGCAGUGCUCACGAAAUGAGAUAGGGCAGAGCUUUAAAACUACCCGUGUCGUUUAACUUUUUAAUCAUGUCACCUUUCAUGCUAAAGGAUCGAGCUGUUUAACUUGACAAAAGGCAUCAGCUGUUCAACUCUGAAGCUGUCACCGGAUGAAAGAGCCGAGCAUGGAUCUGCUGGAGUGUCCGAUCUGUCUGUUCCUCAUGUGCGAGCCAGUGACUAUGAGCUGCGGUCACUCUUUCUGCAGGAGAUGCAUGGGAGCUUUCCUGCCCCCGCGAUGCCCCACAUGCAAAGACCGAUUGAAACAGAGAGAUGCGAAAAACAUCAAAAACAAUGUGUUACUCUUCAGCGUCAUUGAGAAAUGUUGCCCCGAAGAGACUAAGAUGAAAUGUCACAUUCAAGAGAAACUGAAAACGAGCGAGUUUACAGAAGCUCUGCGUAUUGCUGAUGAAGGGAUCGAGAUGGCCCCUGAAGAUGUGAGUCUGAAAGUGUGGCGAGCUGAGGCCUGCAUGGGCCUCCGUCGCUUUUCUGAUGCCCUCCGUGACCUGGAUGACCUGUGCUGUGUGCGACCCAACUGGACUGAGGGUUUCUUUCGUAAAGGGAAUGUGCUUCUUGAAAUGGGCAAACAGACUGAAGCCCUCAUCCAGUUUUACCGUUGCCUGAAGCAGCAUCCUGAUUUUGCCCCUGCAAAAAAUCAGAUUAAGAAGAUCCUGGAAGCAGAGGGCAUGGCUGUACCAGAAGAAGUUUCACGGAUCCUGCAUGUUGUGUCUGAGUACUUGCAAGAUCCCUGUCCUAUCACCAGCUCUGUAAGCCCCUCGUGUCCAGAUGGUCAGCGCUACUCCCACAACAACGCUGAAGGCCAAAGUGAUCCCGGGCAGAAUGCACCUAAAGUGAAGCACGGCACCAGCGGCGAGUGCUGUCUGAGCCUGUGUCAGGCCGUGUCCUUCCUCCCCACUGCUGAGGAUGAUGAGGAACUGAUGAUGAAAAGAGAAGAGAAACAAAACAGAGGUAUGUGCAGUGUGGGCAGAGAGUCCUGCCUCAGCGUUCUGACAGUGACUGAUUUUGAGUGCCCUCUCUGCAUCAGGUUGUUCUAUGAGCCGGUGACAACACCCUGUGGACACACCUUCUGCAAAAACUGCAUUGAGAGAAGUCUGGACCAUAAUCUACGCUGUCCACUUUGUAAACAACCACUGCAGGAGUAUUUUAAGAACAGGAAGUACAACCCCACCGUGCUGCUGCAGGAGAUUAUGUCCCGCCUCUUCCCCCAGCAGUUGGCAGAAAGGAAACAGGUGCACGAGGCGGAGAUGGCAGAGCUCUCAAAUUUGACUAAGGACAUCCCAAUCUUUGUGUGCACGGUGGCGUACCCUGGCAUCCCAUGUCCGCUGCACAUCUUUGAGCCUCGUUACCGUCUGAUGAUGCGGCGAUGUAUGGAGACAGGCACCAAAAAGUUUGGCAUGUGCAGCUACGAGCAUGGCAAAGGCUUUGCAGAUUAUGGCUGCAUGUUGGAUAUUUUGGAUCUGGAAUUGCUUCCUGAUGGUCGCUCCUAUGUGGAAACAGUGGGAGGAAGUCGCUUCCGAGUGCUCAGGAGGGGACAGAGAGAUGGCUACCACACAGCUGAUAUUGAGUACCUGGAGGACCAUAAGGUCGAAGGUGCCGAGCUUGAAUUACUGCUGCGUCUCCAUGACAGUGUGUAUCAGCAGGCAAGAGAGUGGUACCACCGUCUUAACAGCCGCAUUCAGGAGCAGAUCAGCCGGCAGUACGGAAUCAUGCCCGAGAAAGAGGACGAUAUACAGGCAUCUGCUAAUGGGCCGGCCUGGUGCUGGUGGCUGCUGUCAGUGCUGCAGUUAGAUCCAGCCUAUCAGACCACCGUUCUGUCUCUGACCUCCCUGAAGGACAGACUGGGUCAUCUACGUAUCGUACUAGAAUACUUCUCUCAGAGCUAGGACGGAGACACAUUAUGUGCCCAUAUAUCUGAUCACAUUACAUGCAUGCGCCACGGGAGACAUGAAUUUUCUUGAACUUUCUUCUGAUUUAAACAGAGCGAUUCGUUUGCUCUUGCUACAGAAUUUAAUAUUUUUGUGCUUGGAAAGCUAUGACAUGGGUUGGUUUAAAAAUGAGAUGACCUGUUCCAGUGACUGUACAACUAUUGAAUUAGUCAUUGAACUAAUUCCUACUUCAGUCGAGCACCAAAGAAUCAAGGACUUGUUCUACACAGAACAGCUGUUUAUUGGUUCACGCUGUUCGCUUCAUUAAACAUCAUCAGAGUGGAUGCCAAAUGCUGCAGCUAGCUUUGCUGACAUACAUUUGAUAUGUUUCCAGUAGUACUGGGCCCUGGCCAGGAUUUGCUUUUAAAUGUGUAGCUCGCAUUUGUGGCCGAGAGGUAAACAGUUGGCCCAAGAGACCGAUGACUGAAUAGGAGCUCAUUGAUUAUGCAUAAAUGAAACACUUAUGACUACAGCCUCAAAAUCCUCACAAUUCCGGCUGUAUGUUUUAGUAGAAUCAUAAAUAAUAUUAUCCUCAGCAACAGACGAGGAGUUACAUUAAUAUUGCAGGAUUAAUGGCACAGAAUACACUUCUUUUUCGAUGAAUGAAAGCUGCUAGCUGUGGUAGUUUAAUUUGUAGUAUUAAAUGUGUUGCAAGCUUGCUGGCAUGACAGUAGAGAGGACAGAGGAAAGGAUUCCCAUUCAAAAGUUUGGGGUCGGUAAGAUUUUUUAAAAGAAAUUAAUACUUUUAUUUAGCAAAGAUGCAUUAUAUCGAUUUAAAGUGAAAAUAAAUAUUUCAAAAGAUUUCUAUUUUAAACACUGUUCUUUUUAAUUUUCUGUUCAUCAAAGAAUAUUGAGGAAAAAUAAAAUAAAAAUCAGGAAAUCAGCAUAUUAGAAUUAUUUUUGAAGUAUUUUUCAUUAAAUAAAUGCAGCCUUUCAGAAACAUUAAAAAAAAAAAAAUCUUACAUAGCCCCAAACAUAUGAAUGGUAGUGUAAAAUACUCUUAAUCAAGUGUUGUCAUGGUUUUAGCUAUCUGGUUGAUCAUUGUAGCUCUCCAAACCUCUUUGUGACAGUCAUAUUGGAUUAUUUCUAUGUGCUUGUGCCUUGUGAUGGGCCUUAAUCUGGUUUCAGAUAUUUGGUUAAGGACUGCGGAUUUAUGUUCAUUAUUUUUCCUUUCUUUUGUUCAGUGCCACAUUCCGAGGAAUGUUAAAACUGCAAUGUUACAUGUGAUGUAACACUUACAUGGGCUUGAAACUGACUUUGUUCAUACUCUGGUGAUUUGUCUUUUUUUUUUUUUUUAAUCUCAUACAUGGCUGGAAGUCCAAGGGUUAACAUGCACCCACCUGCACUGUUAAUUUAUUUUUAGGUUUUUCAUAUUUGAUAUAUUGUGCACUGCUCUGAAGAUUACUGUCAUUUUGCCAUACUGAAAACCAGUUACUAACAGGUAGGUGCUUUGCUUUCAACCAUGUUUUGAAUGCAGUAUGCCUAAAUGUACUGAUUUUAGAUUUGUCUUAUUUGAAGAAGUGUAAAUUUGGGAACUUUUGCAGGACAGAUUGGACACAAAAAGGUUCAUGCAAAAACUGAGAUUUAAAGAGGCCUCAGUUAUGUUCCACUUCACACUUCAUCACAGCUUUAAAUGAUCACACCUCCAUGGCCAAAGUCAUGCUGAGCCACACAUUAUUCAUGAUCGCAUGACCGCAAUGGAGUGAUUCAGAGAGACAAAUAUUUAUGAAAGGGAAUCAAAUCAGAAUAGAAUUUUACUUGAAUUUGCUUUAGUAAUUUAAGUAAGACUUUACUGAUUGAUGCAUCUGAUGUGUGGUUUCAUAUCUAAGGUGCACUCUUGACAUCUAAUACCUUCCAUCCUCAGGAUACAGGGCUUGAAAAAUCACUUACAAACGCUGUUGCUUCAUCUGUCUGUAGUUUCUCAGCAUUGUGGUGGUGAGCUUGGCAAUGUCAAAUUCUCACCCUUUUGGUUUAAUUGUAUGUGAAGGUGGCAGUUCCUGUGGUGUUGCAUUGGGAUAGUAAAAUUGCAAUUUAGAGUGACUUAAUUCUUCACUAAUAGUCUCGUAAAAAAGGAGAAGGAUGCUACUAUAGCCCUCAAAUCAAAUGUCUUGUGUAAGUAAAAAGACUUUGAUUAAAUUUAAUCUACAAAUAUAGAUUAGUCAAAUCAGAAUCACUAAUCAAGAUUAUAUCCUCUUGUUUUGUAAAAUUGUUUGAAAAGCAAUCAUUUCCAUUCAGUGGCAAACGAUGCUUGUUCAUUUAUUUCAAAUGAUCAGUGGACUCUGAUGCAAAGUAUCUCUUCUUUCUUUUUUUUGUCACUAAUUCUUUUUAAUGUCAUAUAUUGAUGUGUUUGGAAUUAAGGCAAUCUUCGGCAGACUAUUUUAAAAUUUGUUUUUCCUGGUGUAAUCUAGGGACCUGUAUCAGUGAUUUUUCUUUUGAGAGAUUUGUCUUUAACUCUUAAUGAGUUAUGAGAUACACAUUAUACAAUAAAUGUAACAUUAAAAUAAAUCAUUCAAAAUAUCAUUGCUUUGCUUUGGAACUGGCAAAAAUCAAUCAGACAACAGCAACAACAAAAACAUUAAUAAUCAAACCAUUUUAUCGCUAGUUUGUAUUACCAAGCAACCACUAGAUGGCGGUAUACAAUCACAAAAUGAUUAUCAGCAUCUUCCAUUUCUUGAAAAGGUAAAGACUCUAUUAAGAUAUAUAAAAAUAUAUUUUUUUGUGGGGGGGUCUAAUAUUGUUUUGGACCUCAGUGACUUUCAUUGAAUAGACAAAACAUGGUAACUCUUUACAAUAAGGUCUCAUUCGUUCACUGAAAAGAAAAUAAAAAAAAUGAUUAAUUGAAUUUACUAAAUAUUUUUAAGGUAAGUGGUUGCAAUCAAUUUAUUUUAGCUACAUUUAAAUAAACAAAUUUUGUUGAAAGUUAGUCAACUAAAUUUAUUUAAAUGUAGCUCAAAUGAAUUGAUUGCAACUACUUACAAAAAUAUUUUGUGAAGACAAUGAAUCAUUUUCUUCAGUACAAAUAUUGAAAUUAACAUGGAUUAGAAAUGCUUUAGAAGUAUUUUUCAUGUUAACUAAUGUACUUAACUAAUGUUAUCAAUUGAAACCUUGUGGUAAAUCAUUCUUCAAAAUAUUUAUUAUGUUCCACAGAAGGAAGUAGGGUUCGAAUAACAUGAAUGAGAGUAAAUAACACCAGAAUUGUAAAUUUUGGGGUAAAUUCAUUUGGGUGAAUCCCUUAAAAAAAAGGAACUAACAUGUAUGACAAUAAAAGACAAUUAAAAUGUAUAGAUAAAAGCAUCAGGCUGUGAUGAACUAAUCUGGGAAAUAUUUAAACAAAAGUUAUGGCAUUAAAAUGGUGGGGGAAAAAAAAAACUAGUCAACUAGUGACACUGACCAUGCUCUUUGGACCCCAUUGAAUGUAGUUGUGUUGGAGAUGUCAUUAACACAAAUUACAUCUUGUGCUUAGGCGAUUUUAGUUUAUGCUUUUUUUCCAUAAUUUUGGAAUUAGUUUUGACAUAUUAAAUCACUGCUACAAGUCGAAAAGUGCGAUCAAAUUUUACCGUUGCUCGACGAAUGUUCAAAAUUUCAAAAUAGAAUAACAUACCGUAGUAUUCAUGGUUUCCUAAAUAAGAUAAUAAAUAGCUUCAAACAUACUAUGCAUUUGUUUAUGCUUUAGUACAGUAAAACAUUACAUACAGCACCUUUAAUCCACUCAAUUUACAGGACAGGUUCUAGUUGGUCACGCAAAUUUGCCGCGAAAUUUGGCGGAUGUGAACACACCAACAGUAAGUAAAUAACGUCGAAGCGAUUUUAAGUGACUAUUUUGAUAGGGAGCUCUGUAUCUGAAAACGUCCUUGUGAUGUAGCUCAAUGUGAACAUCAAAGCCCUAACAGACAGGAAGGAGAGAAGUAAUGUACGAAAUCCAUCUCGGAUGAUUUGGAGGUGUUUUGGAGCACAUCCUGGUGACAAGCCCAACCUUCAGCGAGAAAGGAUUAAGUUUCUCUGCCGUAAAGCAUCCUGACAUUCGGAAUGAUAUUAAACUUCAAUGGACUCAGAUCAAGGUUCACCGAUCAUUCUUGCAGGCGCUGAAUCCAUUAUUCAAG